UGUGUGGUGCCUGGGGCCGAUUACUACAACUCUCUCGGAUUCGUGGUGGUUUCUCAUACGCGAAAGAACCACUCUCGUCAUCCGGGAACCUCGGCUUCUGACUGAGUGACUCCGUCCGCGAUCGCUCCCUCCAUCGAACAGAAAGGAAACUUCGGGCAAGAGCAUAUUGAGGAGCUGCAGCUGAUAUGAGUUCCCACAGUCUGGCUGUCGCCGUCGGUCCCCCUAAGGUUAAAGAUGUUCCGAAACUCAAGGACUGGCUCGAGAAUGUGGAUAAGACGAGGAUUCCUCGCAUGGGAGGUUCGAAAAUAAUCAUGAACUACUUGGUCACCGAAGGAUUCAAGGACGCCGCUGAGAAAUUCAGCAAAGAGAGUGGCCUUCCCCUGGCGGGAACCGAAAUCUCGGCUUCACUUGAGCAGAGAAUCAAAAUUCGAGACGCGAUCCACGAGGGGAAGAUCAUGGUUGCGAAAGAUCUAGUCGACCAAUUGCAUCCUCAGAUGCUACAGAAUGAUCCGCUGCUCCUGUUCAAGAUGCAGCAACAACACCUAAUCGAACUCAUUCGGGAGAAGCGAGUGGAAGAAGUGCUCAGCUUCGCCCAGAAGGAAUUGGCUUAUCGGGUCGAGGGCAAUUCGGACAUUCUGACCGAAUUAGAACGGACCCUAGCUCUGCUAGCUUUCGACAAUCCAGCCAACUCCCCGUUCGGAGAUCUUCUGCAUGUCUCUCAUCGGCAAAAGGUUGCCUCGGACGUCAACGCCGCUAUCUUGGAGCAGGAUGGGGCUGAAUCCACGGUUUCGUCGCUUGUUGUCGCUCUGCAUAUGCUCCUCUGGGCGCAGGACGAGCUCGAUAAGAAGAAAGUCAAGUAUCCGAAGAUGACGGACAUAGCAUCAGCCUCGAUCAUGCCUCCCAAGUGAACCAUGAAUUUCCUGGGUGUGGAUAUCAUUGCAACAAUUAUUUCAAGCGCGGUGAGCUUGCCGCUGUCUGAUCAUGUGAUUACGCUCUGAGUUUUGGCGCGCUUAUCUGCUCGCUUCGCAUUAUAUGGAUAUAAUAAUCGCCGUCUGCAAUCGCUUACGUUUUGUAUAUAGGCGAAACGGUCCAACCAUUCAGGGUUGGUUCCAUCUUAGAAUACGUAUGUACAAUAAAGAGAAGA